AUGGAGGAGAUCGGAAUUGACCUCAAGCUUGAGGACCCCACCCUCGCCGCCCAGCUUAGCGACAAGCAGGCGCUGUACGCUUCGCUGCCGGCCAGUGAUGACGAGCUGUACACCACUUGGCGCAAGCUCGAGGCUCACCGCGAGUUUCUCCAGCUUCAGGAGGACUACAUCCGUGACGAGACCAAGAACCUGAGGCAGGAGCUGCUCCGCGCCCAGGAGGAGGUUAAGCGCAUCCAGUCCGUUCCCCUUGUCAUCGGCCAGUUCCUUGAGGCGGUCGACGAGCGCCGUUCCAACUACGUCGUGCGCAUCCUCUCUACUCUUGACCGCGAACUCCUCAAGCCCUCGAGCAGUGUGGCUUUGCAUCGUCACUCUAAUGCGCUUGUCGAUAUUCUGCCACCUGAGGCCGACUCAAGUAUCGCCAUGCUUGGCGCUGAUGAGCGGCCGGAUGUAAAGUACUCGGACGUCGGUGGACUGGAUCAGCAGAAGCAGGAAAUUAGGGAGGCUGUCGAGCUUCCUCUAGUGCAGAUGGAUCUGUACAGGAAGAUUGGUAUCGACCCCCCUCGCGGUGUGCUGCUCUACGGCCCUCCCGGUACUGGAAAGACGAUGCUGGUCAAGGCUGUCGCCAACGCCACUACGGCAUCGUUCAUUCGCGUUGUUGGAUCGGAGUUCGUGCAGAAGUACCUCGGAGAGGGUCCCCGUAUGGUCAGAGAUGUGUUCCGUCUGGCGCGCGAGAACUCGCCCUGUAUCAUCUUCAUCGAUGAGGUCGACGCCAUCGCGACCAAGCGUUUCGACGCGCAGACAGGCUCGGACCGUGAGGUCCAGCGUAUUCUUCUCGAGCUCCUCAACCAGAUGGACGGUUUCGACCAGCAGACCACCGUCAAGGUCAUCAUGGCCACCAACCGUCAAGACACCCUCGACCCCGCGCUCCUUCGUCCUGGUCGUCUCGACCGAAAGAUCGAGUUCCCCAACCCGUCUCGUCGUGAGCGACGUCUCAUCUUCCAGACUGUCACGUCGAAGAUGAACCUCAGCCCCGACGUCGACCUCGAGGACUACGUCUCGCGGCCAGACAAGCUUUCCUCCGCCGAGAUUGCUUCCAUCUGCCAGGCCGCUGGUCUGCAAGCCGUGCGCAAGAACCGUUAUGUCAUCCUGCCGAUCGACUUCGAGGAGGCUUGGAAGAGCACCGUCAAGAAGUCAGAAGAUAGGCUCGAAUUCUAUUCAUGCAUUCAUCAACGUUCCAAGACUGCCCCAACUUCCAUCAACAACUUCCUCCUCCCUUCACCGCUCCGGCCGAGUAUGGGCAUCCUCAUCCCGGUGUCCGCGCGAGGCUGGAGCGCAGAGCGACGCCUUCACUGGUACCGGCGUUAUUUUGCUACCCCUUUGCAGCUUCGGCGCGUUCACGAGGCGGGUACUUCACAGGCGUCGGACACGUUCAAUGCAAACGUGUUCGAUUUCCGACCUACCAGCAGCCCUACGAUACUAACCCCUUCCGAGUACCCUGGCCCCUCUUCUACGGGAGAGGACGUCGCCCCAUUACUCACCGGGUAG